CAAAAUUGUUCAUUUUGUUUUGAUUUAUGAUUAUUAGCUAUUCUUUUCAGUAAUAAAAUAAAACAAUCAUUUUCAAAUGGCUUCUGCUAGCAGUACUAGUGCAAGGUCAUUAUUUGCUGACUCAAAAAUGCGUCUUGCAGAUCGUGUGCAAGUAAAUGUUAAUAAUAUAUCAUCACUUGCUAGACAAAUCACAAGAGGAUCUAAAAGUACAGAGAUUUUGAUGCAUUCAGCCCGAAAUUUUGCUGUGCAAGAACAAGCUAUGGAAAACAGUGAAAACAAUCUCAAGAAAUUACAAAUUCUUUGUGUUCAUUUAGAUCAUCAACAUGAUGCCAUGAUAAAGUCAGCGCAGCAGCUUGAAGAAGUAAAAGAGCAAGUUUGUGCUAUGCAGAGAUAAUUUUCAUCAAGAAUAUAGAUGCUGCUGCAGAAAUUUUUAAUUAUCAAAGUCUGAAAGUAAUAAUUUGUAACUUCAUGUAUCUCUAAUUGAUGGAAAGUAGUUUAUAGAUUAGAUACACAUAAUUUUUAAUGGGCAGCUUGUAAAAAUAUUUCUUUGCAAUUUGCCAUUUCCCAGGCUGUCUCUUCUCUUAACUUAUUUUCUGUAGUGCAGAAAUUUGCAACCAUUUACCAAGAACAGUCACAGGGAGAAAAUUUAGAUCAGAAAACAACACAUUGAUUUGUUUGACUGUGCAGCUAGGCGAAAUAUACUACUUAAAUAUUUAGUUAUUUCUAAUUCUACUAUACUUAUGCC